UUUGAGUAUGCUAAAAUUUGUUCGAACCGUCUUUAAAGCCAAUCCCCUUAGAGGCAUAAGAGAUUUGAAAUUAAUUUUGAGUGCUGAAUUCCACCAGCUUGCUCCCUCAGUUCAAGUUCUAAAAUAUGAAAUAUUUGCCUUAAUGUGUGUACAAGCAGUUGUAGUGUUAAGCGGAAAAAGAAAGAGUGGCAAGGAUUAUAUUGCUUGCAAAAUAAAAGAGGCAUUUGGUUCCGAUUGCAUUAUAUGUCGGCUAUCUGAGCCUAUAAAGAGAGAAUUUGCAAAAGCACACGGUCUUGACUUUUCUAAGCUUCUAGAUUCUUCCUUUUAUAAAGAAAUAUAUCGCUCUGAUAUGAUAAAAUGGGGCGCGGUAAAAAGGAAGGAGGACCCCUAUGUUUUCGUUGAACUAGCUGUUGCAGAAGCCUUAAAGGGAAGAUAUAAAGUUUGGUUAUUUUCUGAUGCUCGGCGAAUCAACGACCUACUUUACUUUCGAAGGAAAUAUAAGCAAAAAUGUUUUUCUGUACGCGUUAUUUGCUCAGAAGAAGAGCGUAUUAAUAGAGGGUAUAUUUUUACAGAGGGUGUGGACGACUGUGAAAGUGAGUGCGGACUAGAUAACAUCAACGACUGGGAUUUUGUAUUUAUAAAUGAUAAGGAACACGACUUUCAGAAGCAAAUAGAAGAUCUGCUUUUAAUUAUUGGAAAAAGGAUAAGUUGA